CAGGAAGAGGCACCUCAAACGUCGCAUCCAGUGCUGCUGCCUCAAUUCCUUCAAUGUUGCGACAUUUAUAAAACUGUUUAUAACACCUGCCUGCAAGCCCGAAAGCGGUUUCUAUGUAGUCUGCGGUCGCUCGGACCAUCCCAGCUGUCUAUCCCGGUUUGAGACCAGAGAAUAUGGACUGGACGGUGAGCAGUCGGGCCCUGGUGUGGUGCAUUUUAGCCCUGCUUAGCUACGCUGGUCUCCCACAAAAGGGGCUUUGCAGUGGCAGCACAGUGUCCCUUCCUGAAAGCCUGCUCUUUGUGUCCACCUUGGACGGAAACCUGCACGCUGUUAGCAAGACAUCAGGGACUAUUAAAUGGACUCUAAAAGAAGAUCCUGUUCUUCAGGUCCCCACACAUGUAGCAGAGCCGGCCUUUCUGCCUGACCCGAAUGAUGGCAGCCUGUACUCUCUGGGCGGGAAGAACAACGAAGGCCUCACAAAAUUACCGUUCACCAUCCCUGAGUUGGUCCAAGCCUCUCCCUGUCGCAGCUCUGAUGGGAUCCUUUACAUGGGUAAAAAGCAGGACUUGUGGUAUGUGGUGGACCUGUUGACUGGUGAGAAACAACAAACACUGACCUCAUCCUUCGCUGAGAUGUUCUGCCCCUCUUCAUCUCUUCUCUAUCUGGGACGUACAGAGUAUACCAUCACAAUGUAUGACACCAAGAGCAGAGAGCUGCGCUGGAAUGCCACCUACUCCGACUACGCCUCCACCCUCCCUGAUGAUGACACCAAAUACAAGAUGGCUCAUUUUGUGUCCAAUGGUGAUGGCCUUGUGGUGACUGUGAACAGCGAAUCUGGUGAUAUCAAGUGGUUCCAGAACUAUAACUCUCCGGUGGUGGCCAUGUAUAUCUGGCAACGCGAGGGCCUCCGCAAAGUUCCCCAUACUAAUGUGGCCAUGGAAACCCUGCGCUACCUCACUUUCAUGUCCGGAGAGGUUGGCCGCAUCACUCAGUGGAAGUACCCAUUUCCUAAGGAGAAGAAGCCCAAGAACAAAUUCAUGGCCACUCUGUAUGUGGGUAAAUACUCCACCAGUCUGUAUGCUUCUUCCUCCCUGGUGCACGAUGGAGUCACUGUGGUGCCUCGUGGCAGCACAUUCCCCAUGCUGGAGGGCCCGGAUAGCCAGGAGUCAGAAGAAGACAAGGAGUGUGUCAUCACGCCCAGCACCAGUGUGAAGUUCAACGCUGCGCUCCGUGAGCGGAACCAGGUCAACUUUAUGAGGAAUUACCUGCUUCUCAUAGGUCAUCAUGAGACGCCCCCUGAAGCUCACACAAAGAUUCUAGAAAAGUUUCCCGACAGCUUCCCUCGCCAUCAAGCCAACAUCAUCCCGCCUACUACUGACAAGAAAGUAGAGGAGAAGGUUAAUGACAGUGGUAUGGAUGAUGGGCCUCCUUCAGCUCUCCCUGAAACAUCUAUCCAAGAACCCGGGACCGGUGGCCGGAGCAUGCGUUCAGAGGCCCCGGUGGAUUCAAUGCUUAAAGACAUGGCUACCAUCAUCUUCUCCACGUUCCUCUUGGCGGGCUGGGUUGCCUUUGUGAUUACAUACCCCAAAAGUGUGCAGAAGCAGCAGCAGCUGCAGCACCAGCAGUUCCAGAGACAGAUGGAGGAGCGGUUGGAGAUGCUCCAGAGGCAGCAGCCCUUUACCCCUGCAGACAUGGGGAUGGGUUUGGCUCCAGAGAGUGACUACCUGGAGGUGGCACACCCUCGUUCUGAAUGCUCAGACCACAGCAGCCCCAAUGUCACCCCUCGUGCCUCCAACCACUCCAACUUGUCUGUGUCCGAGCUGGGAAGCUCAGCCAACGAGCACGAAGAUGGAGAGGUGGACUCCAGUAUUGUCAAAGUGGGCAACAUAACUUUCCAUCCCAAAGAGGUCUUGGGUCAUGGUGCUGAGGGGACUAUUGUGUACAAGGGUCAGUUUGACAACCGUCCAGUUGCAGUCAAGAGGAUUCUCCCAGAGUGCUUCAGCUUUGCAGACCGAGAAGUUCAGCUGCUGAGGGAGUCUGACGAGCACCCAAACGUCAUCCGCUACUUCUGCACUGAGAGGGACCGUCAGUUCCAGUACAUCGCCAUCGAACUGUGCGCUGCCUCCCUGCAGGAGUAUGUGGAGCGAAAGGAUUUCAAUCGUCAUGGACUUGAGCCUGUUAUGCUCCUCCAGCAGACCAUGUCUGGACUGGCCCAUCUGCACUCUCUCAACAUCGUCCACAGAGACCUGAAACCUCACAAUAUUCUAGUGUCCAUGCCCAAUGCGCACGGCCGGGUCCGUGCCAUGAUUUCAGACUUUGGCUUGUGUAAGAAGCUAGCAGUGGGCCGUCACAGUUUCAGUAGGAGGUCCGGGGUGCCCGGUACCGAAGGCUGGAUCGCUCCAGAGGUGCUCAGUGAGGACUGUAAAGACAACCCGACCUGCGUGGUUGAUAUCUUCUCUGCUGGUUGUGUCUUCUACUACGUUGUGUCCCAGGGAAGCCACCCUUUUGGCAAGUCACUGCAGAGGCAAGCAAACAUUCUACUGGGGUCAUACAGUCUGGACCAUCUGCAAAGUGACAAACAUGGGGAUAUUGUAGCCAGAGAUCUAAUAGAGCAGAUGCUGAGCGUUGAUCCCCACCGGAGGCCCUCAGCUGAAAGCGUUCUCAAACAUCCUUUCUUCUGGAGCCUAGAGAAAGAGCUGCAGUUCUUUCAGGAUGUGAGUGACAGAAUAGAAAAGGAACCGCUGGACGGACCAAUUGUAAGACAGCUGGAGAGAGGGGGGCGGGCUGUUGUCAAGGGUGACUGGAGAGAGCACAUCACAGUGCCCCUGCAGACCGAUCUGCGAAAGUUUCGCUCCUAUAAGGGCGGGUCAGUCAGAGACCUUCUGCGUGCAAUGAGAAACAAAAAACAUCAUUAUCGAGAGUUGCCUGCUGAGGUACAGGAGACUCUGGGCUCCAUCCCCGAUGACUUUGUCUCCUAUUUCACCUCCCGCUUUCCCCACCUGCUGAUGCACACCUACCUGGCCAUGCGGACCUGUGCACCUGAGAGACCAUUCCUGCCUUACUACUCCUCUGCAGAACAGCUUGUUAAAACACAGGCCCAGUUGGCACACCAUGGGCCACAAAGACAAAAUGAGCCAUGCACUCAACACCUGCCUGCACACACACCCCCAGAUUCCUUACAACCCCAGGAGUCUACACAUUCGUCACUGCCGGUGCAGGUCUGUCACACAGUAGCUGCUGAAUCAGUGGCGUCAUCACCACAGGAGCUCAUAUCGUCACAUAUUCCAGUUCAGACGGUGCAGCCAGCAGAGGCAGCACCGUCCACACAGACUGACUCGCACAGUCAGACCUCAGAAUCAACUCUCAGGCCAAGAGAAUCCAAUCAGCCUGAGAUGGCCACACUGACAGAUACUCCUGCACUGGACAACAAGCCAGUGUGAACUAGACUGGAUUCAGGUGGAUCCAGCUCAGAUGGGAGCAUUGCCUUAAAGAGGAGUGGGGGGGGGGGGUAAACAGGUUGGGACUCCUGGGGACUGUGCUGUGAGCUGGUGAUGGCCAGGCCUGCAGUGCCUGGGAUCCACUACCAGAUGCAGUCACUGGAUCCUGCAUUAAGUGCCUUCUGCUGACCUGCAUUAAAAUGAUACCCAACACAAGUCCGUCCAUGAGCCACCCUGCCAAAAAGUGAGGAAACCGUAUCGGGUGUUGGACAUUUCAUUGUAGCUGAACUGAGCGAAGAAAGCUUUUAAUUUUAUUAUGGCAUGUCCAAAAAAAGUGUAUCUGAUCUCCUCUGUGGGAGACACUUGGAUAGUUUUAUUGUGCAAUGUUGUGUACGUGUCAGUGAGCCUGUUCUCUACACAGAUACUGUAUGUAUGUUUUUGUACAGACGUGUCGUCAAUGAUCCAAAUUCCGAAUUAAUCACUUGAUGUGGCCGUUGUGCCUUUUUUUAAAUUUUUAAACAUCACUGUGCUGUAUGUGUACAGAUGUUUUAAAAUUGACUAUGCUAAAUGUGCUUGAUUCCAGUUAAUGCUGCUGCUGCUAGACUGCUUCUCUUUUGUCAAUCAAGCCUAUUGAGCUGGCUCAUUAAGAGAGGACUCCUCCAAAGGGUGUUCAGGGUGACCGCUGAAUACAGUGAGGUUUUUUAAUCCUUUUGUUUAGUCAGAUUAGGAGUUUGGAAGUCAGCCUGCAAAAUGCUUGCAUAAUAACCUUUCAGGGGUGUCAAAGUGAAGUUAAUGAAUUGCACAUUAAAUUCUAUUGUUUUUAUACUGAUAGUUUGUGUGUUCUUUAGCCUGCUACAUGUUAAAGCAGGGAUUUGGAAAGUGUGUCAUAUUUAACUACAGACUGCAUGCUUAACCAAUACCUGCAAGCAUAUCAGGCAGCUGGUAUUGUCUGGGUUAGCUACAGAUACAGUUAACAUUGAUUAAAGUAGGCUGGAGUACAGCCUCUCUCUCUCUCUUAUAUUAAAAGGUUUGAAACACUGGAAGGCAAAUAAGGAGCAAUUUGACCACAAACAAAAGAAUCAGCACAGUUAACAUAAAGCUGCAUAUAACUGUGUGAAUGAUUUAAUGGUUUUACACAGCCCUGCUGCCAUAAAGUGCAGAAGUAGUUGGAAAGAUAAUUUGGGUUGCUGUGCUUAACUCUCCUACCACUGCUUCUCUGUCCAGAAUAGAUGAGAUGAAAAAUAAUUAACCAUUAGCAAUAUCAGACAAACCUGCAGGUAUCACAAAGAUGUGGGACCCAUGCUACCUUUUUAUGGUCCAGCAAGGUGCUGUCAUAGGUACAGGUACGAGGAAUUUACUCAACUAGUGAGCUGUCAAUCAUUUUAAUUAAACUGCUCUGCAAGGAAAAAUAAAAGUUCUGCUGUUUCCC